AAAAUCGAAUUGGUUUAAUCAAAGCAGAAUCAGAAGUACAUUAUUUCUGAUCGCUCAGUGCUGUUUUUGUUUCAUAUUUUUUGUCAUAGUUUGUAAUUAUUUUCUAUUGCGUUCUUUUUCUAUUGAAAAUAUUCAUUGCACUCCACAUCGUACCAUACGCACACAUAUAAACGGGAAGCAAUAAAUAGUCGCCAAAAUUCGCGUAAAAAAUCGUGAACCAACUUCAGUGAAAUCGACGAUUCAACAAUGUCUUCGUGAUUUCAGAGAUGCACUGACAUUUAAAAGGGUUGAUGAUACACACAUCAAUGCCGUAGAAAUUUUCAUUCGACAAAAAUUGCCCGUAAUUCUUGCCAAUCGGAAGACUCACACAGAUGUACAAGUACUAAAUGAUGAAGAUUUCUUUGGUGAAAUUUGUGUUCUGGAUCCACCUUCAUUUGAAUUUAUGGAAGGAGACGUAUUCAAAUUGUUGAAAGAACAUCAGAUACGCAUUCGGAGAGUUUGACACUGGCAUUGUAUAUGCAUAAGCUGGUUUCAUUUACAUCGCCAAACACAUGGGCUCUGUUGAAAGUGAAAAAUUUGACGGUAUUUUAACCCGGAAUGUAACAGCUGUGCAGCAAUGUGCUUGGUGCACUCGUUCAGAAUGGAUUUUUUUUUAUCACAUUACGGCAAAUACUGUUGAAGGGAACCAGCCGAACGAAUAUUACACUCAAACCGAUCUCAUUCAAAGCCGUCCUAUCGCAAAUUUUCCCGAUUCACUGAAAGUAUUCCAAACGCAUACGAUUCUGGAGCGAAGCCUUGAUUUGCUGGCGAAAGAACAAAAUAUGUGAAAAAUGAAAAUCAUAACAAACAGCAUGAAAGGAACACAAUCAUUAGCUUUAUUGGCCAAUCUUAUCCACUUAUUCCAUUUGGAGCCUAUUGAAACGGCUACGAAAUUCGGUUUUCCCACAUUCACGUUUGUUUGCAUGAAGCUGUUGCAAAGUAUUCCACAUUCAGUCGGACCGAAAGGUGAUACAUUCUCACAAUGGCAUGAACAAUUAGGAUGCUUCUCACCCAGCCCAGAUGCACCUCUCAAUGAAAAUUUGUCACUGAUCAAAAGACAACUGUAUUUGUUAUGGGGUCAUCAAACAGUGAAACUGCUUCUAGGUGACAAUUUAAAGGAGUUGAAAAUGGGCUACGAGAAAAUCGAAUAUGCAUUACCACAACAAGGCUCUGGGAAUUCGUUGAAACGUGCCUUGAAGCGAACACAAUCGAAAUCAACGCAAAGCAAAGCGAGCAAACCGUGGCGCAAACUGGGCUUACCGGAAAUAUCCAAAGUGGUCAUCGUUUGUUCCAUGUAUCAUGCGGCAUUGCAAACGCUAUUUCAAUUGAAAUUGGACAUUCCAUCCGGCCUCUGUUACAAUGACAAACUUUUACACGAUCUAUUUAUAUACUACCUCGUUAGGCAUUAAUUGUGGCUUAAAAUCGUUCUUAGAACUCCUAUCGCUCGCUUCAAACAUCUAUCCACCGACACUUUUGAUGUUAUUGCUAAUUUGUAAUUUAAUUACACACUAUGUGACGUGAGUCAAUCAAUCGUAAUCGAUCUAAAACGUUAAAAUCUCACACAUUCUCAUUUCUGCGAUUCACAUUCGUCCAAGCACAAAAACAACAACAACCAAACAAUCACCACAUCAAAUGUUAAACAUGACUUGUAUAGAAAAUAAAAAAUGAUACAAUCUGAUGCUAAAAUGAUGAAAAAAAUGAUCUGGUUUGAUUCGACUUCAAUCACUGGAAUCACACCAAUAUGUACUAAGAAAUUAUACGAAAAUAUUUUUCUUUCUGUAGCUUAUAAGAAAAGAGCGAAUAAAUGCAAAAUCGACUGCAAUUUAUCAUACAUUUCAGAUGCGAUGGUCACCAAUAUGAAGACUAUGAAAUCAAUAUACGACGACAAUCAUAGUAUUUGGACUACAACAAUCAAUUUAUCAUCGUCAUUACGAUCAUAUGCCAAUGAAAUGAUUUCUAUUGAAAAGCCGCUGGCGGUGCCAUCAAAUCGAUUAUUCGACCAUUUUAUUGGCUGCCGGCGAAACAUUAAGUUUUCCAAUUCAAACACCGUGCUUUACAUGUUUAAAUGAUUGAAACUUGCAAUUUUGACUACUUUCAGGCGUUGUUGUUGUGUUUUUCAAUGCAAUUAAGAUAGAAACUUUGUGAUUACAUGUUAGUUCAUGAAUAUUUUCACUAGUUUCGCUCUUGUCACAUUCUGUACAUUCAGUGUCCAUAUGAAUCAAUGUAUUUUUGGUUUUUGCUGUCGGAUCGCGAGAAGAACAGCAUGAAAAUUUACAAAAAAAAAAGUUUAAUCAGAUUUAGUGCCGUUUGCAAUUUUGAAUAAAAUCAAAUAAUUAUUUACUCUUAUAUUCCACCCAAAAAAGCAUCCUUAGCAUAGAGUAGUGGCUUCGAACGUUCGUUCGUUCGACAAUUUGAAAAAAAAAAAAUUUUGGUUUGUUCGUUCGUUCGACAUUCAUUUUGUUCGAUGUUCAACAAAGUUUUUUUUAUUUCAAAAUCUCUCGAAUAAAAUUGGUAUUACUAUGAAAAAUUAUAAUAAAAGCUAAAAAAAGCAUGAGCUGUAACGAUUACAUUAUAAAUUUGAUCAAUACAUCGAAUUUUCUAGUCUGCAAGCGACUCCUUUUUUCAACGAGUUUCAAUUCCUGAAUUUUCCAUCUUUUUCUCUUUGAAGGCUAACUUUUCGAAAGAUAUUAUUUUCAAACCGCCCAGUGAAUGGUCAGUAGAAAAACGGUAAUUGGAGGGAGAGGGAAAACAGAUUGCAAAAUCAAACAGAGAUUUAUAUUUAAUUUUUAAUUUUAUUCUUUAUUCAAUUCAAAUUAAAUAUGUUUAUUUUAUCGAUUUGUUCCUCUUUUUUGUUUAAAAUCUAUAAAUCGUAUUUGCUAUCAAAAAUCACAUCGUUCUGCUUAAAAUACAACUGAUGUCUUGGUCCCGUUGUGUGGAUCAAUCUAACACCUGUCAUUAGUCUAGCUUAAAAAUCUAUUUUAGGCUCGUGGUGUCGUGUACGCAGUUAUUCCGUCCGAAAUGGCAUGUUGAUGUUCUUGUGUUUUAUUUGCAUUGCCAAAAGAUGCUAAAAAUCAAACGACCAUAAAUGUCAUUAAACGUAUGGAAUAAUAGCGCACCCACACCCAUCGAUUUUAAAAUAAACAAUCCAAGUGUGGUUAAAAAAAGGAAUAAAUCAUAAUUCAAUUUUCCAAACAUUUGGAAUACAUUUAAAGUACCUUUCAAUAUCACAAAAGAUACACACACAAUCGAGCGAAAAGAAAUCGUUUACGAUUUUUUUCUUUGCAUUGUCAAUAAUAAUUUGUGUCAAUUGUCGUCGUCCGAAUGCGAGCACCGUACAAAUGUGACAUAUCACAGCCAUAGAAAUGCAAAGCACGCACUUCUAUUUGCCAAUGAUUCCAUAUUCGGUUUCGACUGCGACGCACGCAUUGACUUUCAUUCUCAUUUUUUGUUAACAAACAAACAAACAAAAAAUACAUAUUUAAAACUAAUAAUACCUAGUUACAAGACACAAGAAAAGAAAAA